AUGAAAUUCUCCUCCCUUUACAUGGGCCUUUUGGUCGCCCUCGCCGUGGAAGCCGCCCCCGCAAAUCUACAAACUCGCGAAACGAAACCAGCGCCGAUCAAAUGCGCAAACGGAAGGGGCACAUGCCAGAAGGGAGGGGCUUGCGUUGUCAUCAAUGGCGGCACCUUUACUGGGGCUGACGACCCUGUGUGUCCAAACCUUUACCACAGCCCACCAUUUGCAACAAACAGGAGGAGAGAGCUCAUCUCCGUUGGGACUGCUGGAAAAAGCAGAGAUCCUACGGAGGUCUGGGAUUGUUUUAGGACUGCUUUCUUUGCCUACUCAAUUUGGAUCCCCACAUGGCCGCUCGAACUUCCUACCCCGUUUUCAGUUUGGCUUGUAGAGCCCAACGGCCAGACGAGCCUCUGUCCACUUCAAGACGUCCACUUUCACGAGGUAGCUCGUCCUGAUGCCAAUAUCAGACGUCCACUGGUCCUUAUAAAUCCUCUUGGGCCCCCCGGUUCGGCUAAAGGUGCUGUGAAUGUCCUGAAGGUGGUCUCCGAGCAAGCCUGUGUUGAUGACGUAGACGAAUCCGCCUCUUGUGGAGAUGCUCUGGGGAUCGACGGCGGUGCCGAUGAAGACUUGCUUUGGGAGUACAACCCGUCCCGCAGCGACGGUGUCAGUGACUAG